AUGGGCAAUGUGAUGGAGGGUAAGUCGGUGGAGGAGCUGAGCAGCACCGAGUGCCACCAAUGGUACAAGAAGUUCAUGACCGAGUGCCCCUCCGGCCAGCUCACUCUCUACGAGUUCCGCCAGUUCUUCGGCCUCAAGAACCUGAGCCCGUCGGCCAGCCAGUAUGUGGAGCAGAUGUUCGAGACCUUUGACUUCAACAAAGACGGCUACAUCGACUUCAUGGAGUACGUGGCGGCGCUCAGCCUGGUCCUCAAAGGGAAGGUGGAACAGAAGCUGCGCUGGUACUUCAAGCUCUACGACGUCGACGGCAACGGGUGCAUUGACCGCGACGAGCUGCUCACCAUCAUCCGGGCCAUCCGUGCCAUUAACCCCUGCAGCGACUCGACCAUGAGCGCAGAGGAGUUCACCAAUACCGUGUUCUCCAAGAUUGACGUCAAUGGGGAUGGGGAACUCUCGCUGGAGGAGUUCGUGGAGGGCGUCCAAAACGACCAGAUGCUCCUGGACACACUGACACGAAGCCUGGAUCUUACCCGCAUCGUGCGCAGGCUCCAGAACGGCGAGCAAGAUGAGGAGGGGGCUGGCAACCAGCAAGAUGAGGAGGGGGCUGGCGGCGGGGCGGCUGAGGCAGCCGGCUGAGCCCACCGCUCAGCUGCUUCUGUAUCGGGGAGGGGUGUGCGGUGGUGCUGGUGUCCUCGUUGUUUUAAUUCUAGAUGGAGUCUAUGAACUCAGAGGGUCAGCUUACCUCUUUGGGGUGCAUGGUGGCAGCAGAGGGGCAAGGGUGGGGGGCCAGAGCUUGGGACGGUGAAGGACGGUUCCUGAACUCUCCGCUUGAGGCGGCUGGCGGUGACUGCUCCCUGCUGGGGGAAACUCCUCAACAUCCCUCUGCCACCUCCCUUGCCCCUUCUGGCACCUCCUCCAUCUUUUCCCGGCUUGCCCCAUUGAGCUUCUCCAGGCCCACUCUCUUCUAGACAGCAAAGCUCUGAGGCACAGCUGGGCCUUCCCGGAACUCUGAUAGGAUCCUGCAGCUCAGGGGACCACAGGCUCCAACCCAGCGCUGCAACCACACACCCAUCCCACGCCAGGAGCCUGGAGCCUACUUGUGUGGUUUGCGUUGAUUUGUUCCUCCCUUCUGCAACCGUUUAUUGAACACCUUCUGUGUAUAAUGCUAGAUGUUACGUGUGCAAAGAAGAGGACAGUUCUCAUCCUCAAGGAACCCACAGGCUCAGCAGCGUUAUAAU